AUGCAGACAAAUCGUUGCUGUCAGUGUUCAAAUGACGAUCCAUAUAUCUCUUUUAUUUUGUUGUCUGACAUUGAAGGUAUUUGUAUGUGUGGUCAUUUGAAAAAAACACAUGCACUACUGCACCCCGAUCGUUUGUCUUCUUCAUCAACACCAUUGACGACUCCUCAAACAUCACGUACAGUCACGUCUCAAAUAGCAAACGCAAGUGGUGCUUAUUCACCGGGAUCAAAUGCAGCUACAUCUCCAUCGACAACUAUCACACAAAAUCAAAUGCUGUUCACACAAGAAACAUCAUUUUCUCCGUCACAAUUAGCUUAUCUGCUAUCUCAGGUGACAACGCCAAGACGAGUGAUUUCAAAAUUGAAAACAAUAAUGUAUUAUAGAUGA